AUGCUGCACCGUAUACCGCCGUACCGUGACCCUCUUCAGCAGGUCCUUAGCGAUGCACUUAGGCGAGCGCUCGAGCUCUACCGUCGUGAGGCGUCGGCUGGCGUGUCGGUGGAGUUUGAGUGCCGUCUCGGGACAUUUUCGGCCUCGAGACACACCUACGCCCACCCGUUUCCAACGCACACAUGUACCCCAGCUGUGCUGGACGGACACUCGGCGACGCCUUUUUUUUUCUUUGCUGGGGUGGCGCAACCAACCUUCACUGCACUGCAUGACGCACUGAAAACCCUCGGUGCCUCCAUGCCGCCGCGCUCCUCCACGAUGCUCUCUGUGCGGGCGACGGGGAAGGAUCGUCUAGAGUACGCUAUGAAUGAGGCGUGCAACCGGGGCCGGUUGCUGGCGAUCACAGAGAAGGAGCGGGUUUUCUUUCAUGACGUGCGCUGCCCGGGGUGGGGCGCGGACUUUCGUGUGUCAGUGUCGCGGGAGCAGACGCUUGACGCGGCAACGUGGAACCCGGCGAGGUGGGAAGCGUUUACCCCGAGCGUCUCUCGCCUGCGGCAGCGCAAGUCUGUGCAGAUUGAUCCGCUGUUUUCGGUGGACAUGGCGAUGGUGCGCUCCUUCACCGAUCACUCGCGAUUUGUGCAGCCGUGGUCGCCCGAGCUGCAGGUGCCCUUCAUUAGCGCCCCGCGAGUAUCGUUUGAUGUGGAGGUGGAGGUCAACAUUCCGGCGCUGCACCGCAUGGUGAAGCAAACUGGGCUAGUGGACUCCACGCCGCAGCGGACUGCGCUGGACCUCCUCAUGCUGCUGCAGUUCCUGGCUGAGAAAAGGGAGUGA